CCCGCCCUCCGUCCUCCUGCAGUCAGGCUGACGGUGUCAUGAGGAGAUUUUAAUACCGAAAGUGUCCUCCGCUACGUGCGCCGCUGAAAUGGCCGCUGCGGCUCCACAAGAAACACCCGCACUGAGCGGCGACAGCGACGCGACGCCCGCGGAGACCAACGACGGCAACGGUGAUGAGGAGAAAGAAAAGGGCCUCGCCGAACCGGAAGCAGAGCAGCCGGGCGGCAGAGUAGAGCCGAAAAUGGAAGAGGAGGACGCGGAGGCCGGUGAGGAGAAGCCCGCUGCGGCGGCAGACAAGGCCGCGAGCGAGGCGGUGACAGACGACGGUGCCGUAACGGUGAACCGGGAGGAGACAGCCGCUCCUGAAGAGGCAGAGCAGCGGCCGGAGGCGCAGCAGAGCCCCGGGGACGGGAACAACGAGACGACCAGCGAAAACGCAAUAAAAGAAGCCAAGGAGGAACCGGGAGAGGACAGCCGGUGUUCGGGGAUGGACUGCGAAAAGAGCAAAAGUGUUUGUGAAGAUGGUGAGAAACCCAGCGGAGGAGGAGGAGGAGGAGGAGGAGGCGGAGGAGGAGAGCUGGGAGACAAGAGGCGGCCGAGUGUGGAGAUCUCAUCCUCGGAUGGUGAACCGUUGAGCCGAAUGGACUCUGAGGACAGUAUCAGCAGCACCCUGAUGGAGAUGGAGAGCACGGUGUCCAGCGGGCGCUCCACCCCUGCCAUGAUGAACGGACAGAGCAGUGCCAGCUCCUCCGGGGCCAAGACGCUGGCUUACCCCUGCUGCUGGGACCUCUGUCCACAGUGCUUCAACUCAAGUCCUGAUCUGGCAGAGCAUAUCAGGGGAAUCCAUGUGGACGGGCAGAGAGGAGGGGUAUUUGUGUGUCUGUGGAAGGGUUGUAAGGUGUACAACACACCGUCCACCAGUCAGAGUUGGCUCCAGAGACACAUGCUCACCCACAGUGGAGACAAACCCUUCAAGUGUGUAGUUGGUGGCUGCAAUGCCAGCUUUGCUUCCCAGGGAGGCCUUGCUCGCCAUGUUCCCAGUCACUUCAGCCAGCAGAGCUCCUCUAAAAUGUCCAGUCAGGCCAAGCUCAAGGAAGAGUCUCCCUCCAAGGCCGGACUGAACAAGAGGAAGAAACUCAAGAACAAACGCAGGUGCUCCCUACCGAGGCCCCACGACUUCUUUGAUGCCCAAACCAUGGACGCUAUCCGCCACAGGGCCAUCUGUCUCAACCUCGCCACCCACAUCGAAAGUGUGGGCAACGGCCACAGUGUUGUGUUUCACAGUACGGUGCUAGCCAGAAGAAAAGAGGGAUCUGGCAAGGUGAAGGUCCUCCUACACUGGACACCUGAGGACAUACUACCUGACGUGUGGGUGAAUGAAACCGAGCGAUCUCAGCUGAAGACUAAAGUGGUGCACUUAUCCCAGUUACCACAGGACACAGCUAUGCUAUUAGACCCCAACAUCUAUCGAGCACUUCCUCAAAAGCGACUGAAGUGCAGCCUGUAAGGAGUCAUCUGUGGACUUGAUACUUAAGGGGAAAUCCUUGUUCAUGGGAGUUUUAUCUGUAUGGGAUGGGACGCUCUUCAUCUGUCUCUGCUGAACGGGGGGGAGUGAAGUGGCGAUAAAAGGAAGUAAAACUGGCCAUGCUGCAGUUCUCCUUUUUUUUCCCCCCCCUCCUCAGUUUUGUAUACGACUGUUGUAGCCACGUAUGGUGUAAAAUGGGACUGGAUAUUUUUUAACAGUUUGUGUUCAUCAAAAACUUAAAUGAAUGUGUUUUCUUUUGUUUUUUUAACAAGCACCAAACU